AUGAAAAGGAUACAGCGACUUUGUAAUCUAAGGCAUCAACCUUAUCAGUUCACUGUUCUAGUUCGAGAAAUUCCCAUCUGCGAUGAACACAAGACUCAUGGCUGCUGUGUAGAUCACUUUUUCUCUAAACAUCAUCCGUAUACCUACCGAUCUUUCCACAUUCUAUACAACAGCAAGGACCUUGAGGAUUUGCUGAACCAGGCAAAGGCUAUUGCGAAAAAGAUUGAGGACUUGAGACAGCAUUCCUUGACUAAGAAACACAAUAGAGGAUUUUCACACUCCGAUGCAUUGCAAAUUAAUACAAAAAUAGAACGGCUUGAGGAAAUGCUUCAGGAAGUUUGUCUUAGGAUACAUCAUAUGCGGUGCAAAAAGAUGCUUGAGCAGAAGGAGUUGCCUGUUGCUUUUGUUACAUUCAGGUGCCGACGGGGGGCUACCUUAGCUGCCCAAUCUCAGCACCACUCAAAUCCACUUCUAUGGAUUACUGAAAUGGCUCCAGAACCAAGGGAUGUUUUAUGGAGGAAUUUUUCCAUUCCAUAUAGUCACUUGCCACUCUGUAAAACUGGAGUAUUUAUUGCAGCAUCACUUCUUACGAUAUUCUUUGCUAUCCCAGUCACAGCAGUGCAGGGAAUAGUGAAAUUUGAAAGAUUAAGGAAAUGGUUUCCUCCAGCCAUGGCUGUAGAGUUGAUACCAGGACUAAGGUCUAUUGUGACAGGGUAUCUUCCAAGUGUCAUUCUCAAUGGAUUUGUAUAUGUUGUUCCAUUUGCAAUGAUUGGAAUGGCUGAACUAGCAGGUGAUAUUUCAAGAAGUAAAAAGGAUAUAAGAGCUUGCAACAUGGUCUUCUAUUUUCUAGUGGGAAAUGUAUUCUUCUUAAGCUUGUUAUCGGGGUCCUUACUUGAUCAGAUUGGGGAAUCUUUCAUACAUCCGAAGGAUAUUCCCAGUCGUCUUGCUCUAGCUGUCUCGGCCCAAGCAGACUUCUUUAUGACAUACAUCUUGACAAACGGGCUAUCAGGAUUUUCUGUGGAGAUACUUCAGCCUGGGUUACUCAUUUGGGAUACUAUAAGAUCACUCACCUGGAGCUGUGGAAAGGAGAAAAAACCUUAUCUUUAUUCGCUACCUUAUUACAGAGUUAUUCCUUUUGUUGCUCUCUCCAUAUUGAUCGGUGCGGUAUAUGCAGUCGUCUCACCGUUGGUUCUCCCAUUUCUGAUUGGCUACUUCCUUCUAGGCUAUGUUGUGUUUAUCAACCAGAUUGAAGAUGUGUAUGAAACUACUUAUGAGACAUGUGGUCAGUAUUGGCCAUACAUUCAUCACUAUAUUGUUGUUGCAAUCGUUCUGAUGCAAAUCACUAUGAUUGGUCUUUUUGGGCUGAAGUCAAAAGCCUCUGCAUCCUUUUCCACAAUACCGCUUCUGGUGUUUACUAUCGUUUUCAACGAGUACUGCAAGAUACGUUUCCUGCCAACAUUCCACCAUUACUCUGUUCAGGAUGCCAUGAAGAAUGACGAACUUGACGAGAAGAACGGUAUGCUGGAAGCUAAUUACCAGAAUGCACUCAAUGCAUAUUCCCCACCCUGUUUGCAGCCUAUGAACUGUAUGGCAGAGGAAUCAA